AUGAAUGAAGAAAAUGGUAAUAUAUCACUUACAAAUGUUGUCAAUAAUGAAUUGUUUUCAUAUUCCACUAUUCUAAUUAAAGGAUUUAUAAGAAAUGUAGUCGAUAAUGAUUCUAAAUUAUUAAUUGAACAUUCAUUUAAUUAUAAUGCUUCUAAUAAUACGUCCUUAUGGACUGUAUUUAAAAAUAAUUUUAAAGUGAUAUUAGAAUUAAAACAUGGGGAUAAUUUAAUAACUCUUAAAUAUGGAAAAUCAAUAUUAACAACAAAAUUAGUAUUUAAACCAAGAAGAACCAAAUUUACAGUUCAACCAAUUUAUGUAAUUUGUUCCGAUCAUGAUGGAAAAUUUCAGGCACCAAAGGAUCAUGAUAACUCAGUUCAUGUUGCAUGUAAAAAGAUAGUAUUAGGUCUAAAAUUAAUUCAAAUGCUAACUGCAGAGAAAAUGGAUGAACAGGGUUUUGGGAAAAAGACAUUCCAAAUUGAAAAUGACUGUCAAAUAAUUAAGAGUUCACUAAUAAGAGAGUCAGUGUUUAAAAUGAACCCAGAAAAACUAUGGGAGCACAUAGCUCGUGAAAUAACUGCCAACUAUAAUUCUUAUGUUAAAAAAUUUUUGGCAUUUUUGUCUUGUACUUAUUGGGAUGGAAAAAAUUUACAUGGACAUGUUGCAUUAGGAGGAGGUGGAUUAGCUUUAUUUGGUACAGGAUGUCUUUAUACUUGGCCUAGUGAACUAGAAGAAAUUUUACCAUGUUUUAUGAAUAUGAAAAAAGUCAAUACCAGCUUACUCCUAGAUGAUAGUUGUUUUAGAGGAAAUUUUGGUGGAUGCUUCAGUACUACAUUAGGUUCAGUAUGGCAUGAAAUUGGUCACAUAUUUGAUUUAGGUCAUUCCAAGUAUGGUAUAAUGGGUAGAGGAUUUGACAAUGUCCAUUUAACAUUUACAUUAGAUGGUAAAAAUAUUGCUCAAGAAAAUGUAUUUAAAAAGAAAACAUAUGCUGUAUACAUUGAAGAAAAUUGUAUAAAUAACUUGAAUGAUAAUAAAAUUGAUUUACCUAAUAAUAAUUCUUCAAAACUAUGUAAUGCAAUAAAAAAUAAUGAGUCGAAAACAGUAUGUUGGUCUAUUGGAUGUGCUUCAAUUCUUUCAGUUCACAAAUGGUUCAAUACUUUCAAUGAAAAAAAUAUCAAUGAAAAUAUUCCAAAUUAUGUAAAAAAAAGAAAUUUAAUAACAUCAGAUAUUGGAUUAAAAGUUGUUCAGUUAAGGCAUGAUGAUGGUAGUGUCAUCCACUCUUGGGAAUUUUUUAAACCAAAUAAACGAAUAUUUAUACUUCCUAUUCAGCAUAUAAACAUUGGUCUGACAAUUUUCGCUAUAGAUUUAAAUGGAAAUAUGUUAAAGCAGUUGCUAUAAUGUAUAAAUUAUAAAACUAUUAAUAUAUUGAACUAUAGUAUUUUCUAAAUUAUUAUUACAACAUUUUUAUAAUCAAUGUAAAUACUAUAAUAUUAAUAUAUUAUAUUAAUUAUCUUACUAUUAUUAUUCUCUUCAGUGAUUCGAUUUAGUAAACAAAAUAAUAAACCAAGAUCUAUUUGUAUAGAACUUGAAUUAACUGAUGCAGUCUUGUCUACACUAAAAAAAUCUAUUUCAUGAUUUUUUUAAUUGUAAAGAUUUUUUGAUUCAUUACUGAUCAAUUUUUACGUAAGAUUUUAAUUAAAACCAAGUUUUAGUAAGUUAUGAAACAAAAUUAAGUAAUUUAACACUGGUUUUAACUCUCAAAUAUAUUUUUGUGUGAAAAAUAAAUAAUAAAAUAUAAAAUUAUAUUUUUUUAGAUUAUCGCUAAAUAUUUAGUAAAAUGACAAGUCGGAGGUAUUUCUCAUAUAUUUAUGGAUUUUUAAUUCAUUUUAGUAGAAAAAUUUCUUUUUUAUCAUUCAAACAAUACUAAUAUAUGUUAAAAAAAAAUUCUAAAUAAUUUCUGGAUACAAUUUUUUUACCAACGAGAAUUCAAAAUAUAUAUUAAUUUUAAAUUACGAUUUAUUUUAUUUUAGCCAAUCAACCGUUUGCGUUUUUUAAAUGGCUUACAAAUUUAGAUUUAAAAUACAAAUCCAUCAUUAUUUUAGUUUUAAUAAUACUGAACACAAAAAUAUACAGUUUCAAUGCACCGUAAAUUAUUUUUAUGAUAUUUAUCAAGAGAAUUUUUACUUACUUAUUUUUAAAGGAAACGAUUUCCUUAUAAUAGAGAAUAUAGAGUUGUAUCUGUGACAAAUAACGAUUACUGUAUGUUAAACAGCAAAUCAUCAAUAAAAAAUUGGACGAAUAUAGUUAAACUUAAAUGAACAAUUUUUUUUUUUCAUCACAUUAGUGCUUAAGUAUUAUUUAUUAUAUAGUUUCUUCGGCCUUAAGCUGUAAUUUUAUACUUAAAAUAUUGUUAUUUUUAUUGUUUGUCUUUGUUUUUGUAUUGUUAAUUA